CAAAUCAAUCAUAUGAUCACUUUUCACAUGACCCAUGGUCACUCGUCAUCGCCCAUUUUUCGUCUUUUUAUGACAGUUUUGGGCUAAAACAUUACUUUUAGUCCGUUACGUCCACAUAUUAGUCAGUAAAAAUGGCGUUUAGCCGUUUAGUGUUAUCUUUUUUAGUGUUAAGUGUCGCAUCUAGCUUUGCAUCGGUGAGUGUGCCUGUAUUCCUGUGGGGGGAUCUCGCCAAACCCUCGAUAAAAUCAAACCCUCUAUCAGAGGUUUCCGAACUCGAAUUCGAAGAUGUGCUGAAAAGCCAAUUGAACAACGACCCGUUUACGGUUGUUUUCAUAGACGAGACCCUUUCCGUCGAGGAUCUAUCUCGCAAAAAUUCCGAAGGCGAAACACCGUUUCCCUAUUUGCAUGCUAACAUCGGUGAUGCCGUCUACUUACCGUCCGUUAAGAAUGCCUUGGAUGUCCUCAACAAGUUCUCCGACUCCAACAAAGCUGAUCAUGUGACGUUGACCGAGAACGGCUUGUCCGCCGAAAUCGAGAAGGAUAGCGGGAAAUUCCUCUUUAUAACCCUCAAGGACGCUCGCGAAGGUGAAUCUAGAGCUGAUAUGUUGCGCCGCCACAAUGAUUUCAUGGAGGAAAUGUUCACAAAACUGCAAAAGAAUUACGACAACGUUGUGUCGGUGUACACAGGCCGUUUUCCUUCAUGGACUGUCCCUGAAGCACACUCCCGUGUGCGCCGUCAAGCUGCCCCAGCUACCUACCAAAACCCCGAGCUGAACGGCCUACGUUUCUACACCAAGAACAUCAUCAUCACCUCCAAAUCUGGUGUUACCCAUUUACACGGCAUCACCGCCAGCAACUCUGUCAUUGAUGCUAUGGCUAUGAACACAACCUUGGAUUUCGGAGGCAAUCAAUCUAUUGUUUUGUAUUUCACACAGAAGCAAGGAUACUGGUUUAUGGACUCGAUUACAUACAGCCAGAGUCAACCGACCUUCACAGAGGAGCUGGCGGGACAGUCUGAAGUGUAUGCGCUGAUGGGAUUCUCAUACCGUUGCGGACAGAACGCCACCUUUAACAGCGGCAAUGAUACCAAUCAAAUGUCACUCACCUUCCAAGAUUUGAAGGUACAACCAUUCUUCAAGGACACAAACUCGAGCGACACACCGCCAUUCGGUGAUUCCUUCAACUGUGUCGGCUUCUUCUCCGUUCCCAUCUGGUCUGGUCUCUUUGUAGUGUUCAUCCUUCUCGCCAUCACCUUCUACGGCAUCAUGAUGAUGAUGGACAUCAGAACGAUGGACCGCUUCGACGACCCCAAGGGCAAAACAAUCACCAUCAACGCAGCCGAAUAGAUCGGUUAGAACUCUUUUGUACCAUUUACAUUUAAUUCCUGGCCAAAAAUUACGUUUAAAAAGUUAUUUUGACAGUUUCGUUUUGACACGUCAUUUUGAAAUUUUUGUGUUGUGAAAAUUGGCGCGAAGUUUUAAACGUGAUGGUACAAAAGGGAAUUUUAACAAUAAUAAGAAGUUACAAAUUUAGCUCAAGUGAAAUAGUAUUAGUCUAAUACUUACAGAUUGUUGAAAGCAUUUUUAUAAUGUCAGUUCUCGUUAAGAAAUAUUGAUGGGCCAAAACAGUAAAUAUUCCUUACCAUUUUUUUUAAGUCUUAUUACACUUUUCUAUGGGUUUAUUUUUAUUGUUUUGAAGUGAACGGACAGGAGAAUCAUAUUUUUUUUAACUGUUUUGGUGCUGACCAUGGAGUAUAGAAGAGACUGGUGUUCCCAGAUUAAAAAUUGAAUUAAAAAGUUACUAAUAAAAACCGAAAACGUGCCUAUCUUCAAACAUUUAUUCUAUUGUAUAUUUGUGAUAGAGUAGCUUAGGUAUAUAAUAGUUGAAGCGUAUUAAAUUAUAUAUGAAUUCACAUAGAAAUGAUUAGAGCGCUUAGGCCUAAAGUACCCGAAUAUUUUCAAGGACAACGAUUUCAAUAAUUCCGAGCUUUCGUAUUCGCAUAGUCGUAUAAUCGAUUUUAUUUAACGUCGAGAAAUGUGUGCCCUCCAUGCUAGUGCCAAUUUCAUUCCAUAUAUUUCGUCUAAAACUAUGUAUUAUGUAUAAGAAUUGUAAUUAAGUGACCUUCACAAUAAUAAAGUAACCUAUAAUUCUAAAUUGUAACAGAUGGAUGGUAUUUAUUGAUUGUUGAUAAAUAAUUUAUUGUAAAGAUGGAUUACGUGUGCCAGGGUUCGAACAAAUUCAGGCUACAUAUAUGAAACAACUAACGUCAAAAGGGACAUGACGCGGGAAAUUCAAAACAUGGCUACCGUAAUGUCAUCUGUCAAAACUUAGUUAUAAGCGAAAAUAUUACAGAAAUCAAGCGAUUAACUAAUGUUUUAUUGAUUUAUUUUCUUGUAAAUAUAAUUUCCGAUGUUUAUUUUACAGCGUUUCUAUAUUGUUUUGUUGUUUUGAACAAGUAUUAAAUCGUGAGACCAAUUUGUUUUUUUUUAUUUUCAUUUUUCUUUCCGACUCGCGUGUUCCUAUGUAAAGGACUAGGAUUUUAUAUACAUAUUCUAGUAUUCUUAGACUGUAUUGAAGAAAUGUUAUAUUCGGUGAAAAUAAAGCUUAAUUAUAUU